AUGUCCGUUGUCGUUACCGCGGCGCGGUGGCUGCCCUUUCGUCAAUUCCGUCAAUUCCCGUCGGUUUCCUGCACGUCACGCAGUGUGUGGGGCUACAGCAUACGCCUUUUUGGGUACUCCGCCUACGACAGCAUACGCAAGCCUCCUAAAAGACGGAAGGGGCCGCAUGCAUUAUUUGCCAACACCGCAGCAACGGUCAGGGGCAAAAAUGAUAAUGUCCACGAGGGUGGAGUGCACGGAAGCGGUGUUGGCCGCACCCGCCCAACACAGCCGGAGUCGCAACGUUUGCAGGAAGCAAAAAGAACAUUUCCAGAGACACUGAAGAGUGGUCGCUACAAGCAGCAGAAUACCAAAUCACAGCGCCUCUAUCAGGGGGCCGCAUCCGCAAGUGAAUCGGCACCGGAUAGGCGCUUCUACCGCAAGGUGGAAGACUACCGAGAGGUGCAGGAUGAUGAUCCGUAUGCCGGUGUCUUUAAGGAACGCGUGGGAGUAGAGCGGCGGCGGUUGAAGGAGUGGCAGCGGCAGUUUGAGGAGGAAAAUGCACAUGUUGAGCUGCCAUAUGAACGGACGAAUGUCAUUGCACGGAUCGCACCCAAUUGGUUUGUGCGUUACUUUUUGAAUUUACGGGAUAAGGGGGGUGUAGAACACGCCGGUUUUUUGUGGGCAUGCGCCUUUGUCACUUUAAGUCUCUUGUGGCUUGUCGGGUACUUUUUUUACACUCCACCGAGUAAGGCGCGCCCAAUCGCGGAGUUGCGAUGA